AUGGUCCUCAAACUUUACGGAUUCCCGGCCUCCACCUGUACUAACCGAGUACGCAUCGUCCUCGCAGAAAAGGGUCUCGAGGCCGAGUUUCACCCUAUCGACUUGAGCAAGGGCGAACAGAAAGCAGAGUCCUACGUGAAUGACCUGCACCCAUUCGGCAAAGUCCCCGUUCUACAAGACACCGAGACGGGUGUUCAGAUUUUCGAAAGCAGAGCCAUUACCCAGUACCUUUCCAGCAAGUACUCCGGUCAAGGAACUACACUUUCCCCUCCCGAGUCCGAUCUGAAGGCCUGGGCUCUGUACCAGCAGGCACCCUACUUUGACCCGCUCGUCUCUCAGAUCUCUUUCGAGAAAGUCUUCAAACCCCGCAAGGGUCUUGGCCCGACCGACGAGGCUCGCGUCCAGGUCCUCUUUUCGCAGCUCACGCCCACCCUCGAGGGCUACGAGCGGAUUCUUUCCAAGCAGAAGUACCUUGCAGGUGACCAGGUGACCCUUGCAGAUCUGGCGCAUUUGCCGUAUGGAGUGUUUGUGGAGCAGUUCGGAUUCGCCGAUCUUCUUCCGAAGUAUCCCCAUGUUCAAAAAUGGUGGGAGGAGCUGAAGGCGAGGGAGAGCUGGAAGAAGAUUGCUGCUUAG